ACAGACGCAUACAAAACAAAACCCAAACAUUCUUAUAUAAAGCCUUGGAGUUUGGGUUUCUUUUCAUCAACAACAUAUAAAACACGAGAAAAAAAAAAUGAUACAGGAAGAUCAAGGACAGUGUUCUUCUCAUCAAGUCAUCAACAACUUCCAAACCUAUCAAGAACAUCAGCUUCUCCUUCAGCAACAGAUCAUGUCUCAGCAAAACAGUGACAUCUUUGGAUUCAAUCAUCAUCACAUGUUCCCUGGUGGUGAAGUUCCAUGGUCUAUGCCUCAAGUUCAACCCUUCAACCAAGCUUCACCUUAUGCAAGUUUUUUCAACAGAUCAAGGGUUGUUCCUUCUUCUCUUCAGUUUACAUAUAAUGAUCAUCAUCAUCAUCAGGUUCAACCUGGUUCAUCAUCAUCAGCACCUUUUGGCCUUCAAGCUGAGAUGGGAAAGAUGAGUGCUCAAGAAAUCAUGGAGGCUAAGGCUCUUGCAGCUUCCAAGAGUCACAGUGAAGCUGAAAGGAGACGCAGAGAGAGAAUCAAUAAUCAUCUUGCCAAGCUUCGUAGUUUGUUGCCCAGCACAACAAAAACAGACAAAGCAUCAUUGCUAGCAGAAGUGAUUCAGCAUGUGAAGGAGCUGAAGCGUCAAACUUCACUAAUAGCAGAAACGAGUCCAGUUCCUACAGAAGCUGAUGAGAUAACAGUGGAUGCAGCUGAUGAUGAAGACAAUGGCAAGUUCGUGAUCAAAGCCUCGCUUUGCUGCGAAGACAGGACAGAUAUUUUGCCUGAACUCAUAAAGACCUUGAAAGCGUUGAGGUUAAGAACCCUAAAAGCUGACAUCACAACGCUCGGCGGGCGCAUGAAGAACGUGUUGUUCAUCACUGGUGAUGAUAAUAAUGAGGAUAGUUAUUCAAGUAGAAGCUGCAUAAUUAGCUCAAUACAAGAAGCGCUUAAAGCAGUGAUUGAGAAGAGCGUUGGAGAUGAAUCUGCUGCUUCUGGAAAUGUUAAGAGACAAAGGACCAAUAUAGUAUGAAUAUCCUAGCUAACUAGCUACAACAAGAGUCUUUACAAAUUUUAUCUAAGUAAAGGCCUAUUACUAUAUAUUUAUAUCUUUUGAUUUGGAUUAUUUUAAAUAUUAGUGAUAUAUUUUUGGGGGGUGCGGUUUUUUUUCUUUCUAAAUCACGGUGUGCUAAAGAAAUGUUGUUGUUUGUAUUUGUGAUGUAUCUUCUCUAUCAACAUCAUCAUGAAAGUAAUGAGAUAAUGAUAAUAGCUAGGGUGGUUUGUCACAUGGUUA